AUGCCCUUCAAACGAUCCCCUAUGCGCUAUGCGCACAUUAUAGGCUAUACUACCGUUAUUUAUCAAGACGAUGGAAACUGCAUCAUUAGUGUAGGAUAUGAUGGCGAUUUUCGCAUUUGGCACGGUAUUGGAGAUGAUGAUCCACCGACCGUCUGCGUUGGGGAACAUGUAUGGACAGCGCUUCAGUACGGCGAAAGAGUGCUUGUUGCCACGGAUUUGAACACAGUACAGGCUUACAAAUAUCCCUCCCUAGAUAAAGAUGGAAUCGAAUUUCGGUUUACUGCUUAUGUGACCUGUUUGGCCAAGAAUAAACGGUUCAUUGCCGCUGGUUCGGAGGAUGCAACAAUUAAAGUCCUAUCUCUGGACAAUGGCGAACAGUUUGAGCUGGAAAAUCUUGGUGGUCCUGUGCUGAGUAUGGACAUGAGCAAGCGCGAUCUAUUGGCAGCCAGUAUCGGUGAUGGUAAAAUUCACGUCUGGGACAUGAAGACCAAAGCACUGAAGAAAACAGUGGACGGUUUGCCGAAGGUGAAGAGCUUUGAGGCAGUUUUACAUUUUGCUUCGCCCAGCUUCGAGCCCACAAAGGGUGCCCUGCUUGCCUAUCCGAAUGGAAACGAAGUGAUCGUGAUGAAUACCACCAGCUGGGAGGUGGUUAAGAAAUAUGUCCACCCGAAGCCUUCGAAGAAGCUAACUGUUUGUGGAUUUUCUCCGAUGGGAGACUAUAUAGCGACUGGCAGUGUGUCCGGGGACGUUUGCAUUUGGGACUGCGAAACGGGCAAAAUUGUUGAAGGUGAUGAUCAAUACGAAGCAAAUCCAAUCACAAAACUGGUCUGGAAUCCGAAGAACAAUGGUGAGCUUGCGAUUUCCGACGCAAAUGGCCAGGUUGGCACGGUAAUGGACAUUUUUGUCGAGAGCGACGCGGACGACCUGGACGGUGGAGAUAUCGUAGUGAUGGCGGAGAAGGAAGGGGAGGAGGAGGAGGAAGGGGAAUUUGAUGAUAUUUUCGAUGCACGUAAGGAUGACGAUGGGAAGAAUUUUCAGAGAAAAUAUGACUCAUGGGUAUUUUUCUUUCUAUUUUUAGACACUAAAAAGGAUGAAAAGGACAAUGACAACGAAGGGUUGGAUAAUGCAGCAUCGGAAAGAGCAGAAUCCGAUAAUGAUGAGAUGAAUGAAAACUGUAUCGAGCUGGAGAAGCUUAAGAGCCAGAUUAUGGGUUCAACACAGAAAUCCGGCGAGAUGAUGCCACAGUCGGAUGCUGAGGAUGAUGAUGACGAUGAUGAUCGUGGGACGUUGCACAGUGAACGAGUGAUGGUACCAAAAUCCUAUCCUCAACAACCACCAUUUCAGCCCGGUUCCACUCCGUACACGCUGGAACAUUGCUAUCUGGUGUACAAUCAUGUCGGAAUCGUGCGACGACAUGCGACCGGUCAGGAAAAUUCGAUUGAGGUAGAAUUUCACGAUUCCCAAGUGCAUCAUGGCAUUCAUUUGAACAACUUCCUAAACCACACGAUGGCAGGAUUGAGUGAAUCGGUACUAGCGAUGGCUUGCCCAAAUGUAGACGGCAAUGCUAGCAAAGUUGUCUGCAUUAAUCAGGCCGCCUUUGGUAAGCGUGAGUGGACCUACACGAUGCCCGGUUGUGAGGAAAUCAUCGCUGUGACCGCAUCGGAUAAGAUCGUAGUCGUUGCCACGGACAGUCGGUUGCUGCGAGUAUUUACGGCUCGUGGAACUCAGCGGGAAGUGAUUUCGGUCGCGGGACCAAUUGUUGCACUGGCUGCGUACGGCGAUCACUUCCUAGUGGCGUACCACAGCGCACCGGCCAAUGAGGAUCAACACAUUAGCUUGAUGAUUGUGACGUGCGUCAACUUUAAGCUUCGCUGUCGGGAAGUACGCGUCCCGCUGUCGGCUGGAUCAGAGUUACGGUGGUUGGGAUACUCGGAUCGAGGAUCGCCGGUGGUGUAUGAUACGGCGGGCCGUCUGACCAUUUAUCAUGCCACUUUAAACCUUUGGUUCCCAAUUUACAAUGAUGAAAAUUUGUCAGCGAAAGGAGCAUCGGACCAUCUGUUCAUCAUCAAGGUUUCCGAAUCGACGCAGCAGGUGCAGCUGGUGGUGUGCCGUGGUUCGAAGUACCCACUAACCACGCCCCGACCCGUCCCGAUGGAAGUGAAAUUCACGCUCCCAAUGUGCGAUUUGGACAGCGAAAAGGAAAGCCACGAGGAUGAGCUGGUGCGUUCGCUUUACCUCAAAGCGAAUGACGCCGAUAAGCUGAUGAAGGAAACGGCAGUAAAACUGUUUGCGCUGGCUUGCAAAAAUGAGUGUGAACAGCGUGCAAAAGAGUUGGUGGAAACGAUUGCCUCGAGUCAGCUGGUACCGUUGGUGAUAAAGUAUGCCAGCAAGAUCCGGCGAUACCAUUUGGCGGAUAGUUUGGCCCCCUUGCUGCCAACGUUCCAGGAACAGGAAAUGCAGGAGGAAAAAUUGGAGCAGGAAAGCGUCCGAGAGAAUGCGGCCAUCGCAAACGAACUGCAGCACAUCAAUCUUGAGGCGAUCACGAAGAGAGAUACCACGCCGAAAAUAAAACCGCUUCCAGUUGGCACGAAAAAGCCGAACAAUCCAUUCCGUAAAUCGACCGCGGCUGGCAGCAGCGAUGGUGGUGGCAUAUCGUCACCCGCAUCGAGCACGGGCCAUAACGUUGGCACCAAUGGCAGCAGUAAUCCAUUGGAGCAUUUGACCGGCAAAGCGAUAGGAUUUUCGGCCGCCCGUAAUAGCAGUCCGAGCUUUGGCAGCAAAAGCCUGACGAGCAAUGGUGGACAGGAUGAAAAUCGUCCACAAAACAGUACCACUACUACGCCUGCCAGUGGGAUGAAGUUUUUGCCCUGGUUCGAGCUAAAGCGGGAAGAGCUGCAGCGACAGCACCCGGAAGCGGCGGAAGCGGAUCUCAUCAAAAUUGGUAUGCGUGAGUUCAAGUCCCAACAGUCGAAGGGCCAGCAGUCGAGCACGUCAACCGCGGAAAGUGCCGGUACACCGAAGCGGAAGUUGGAGGAGAACGAUCAGCCAGAAGCUGGUGUGUCGAAAUUGGCAAAGUUUGGUUUCGUAAAGAAUGGCUAG